AUGAAGGGUUUUCAGGCUCUCACCAUGUGGCAAAAAAUACAAUUGUUCUACCUGGGGAUUCUGGAAAAUGGAGACAAGAGGACAGACAAUUGGCCGCUGGUCUACUCUCCUGUGCCAAUCAGCUGUAUCUUUCUGUGCUACCUGGUCAUUGUAUGGUUGGGGCCAAAGCUGAUGGAGAAAAGGCAGCCAAUUAACCUUAAACUCGUCCUGAUAGUUUACAACUUUGCCAUGGUCUGCCUGUCUGCAUACAUGUUCUAUGAGUUCACAGCCUCUUCCUGGUUGGCCAGAUACAGUUUGCUGUGCCAGCCAGUCGACUACAGUGACAGCCCACUGGCCAUGAGGAUGGCCAGAGUUUGCUGGUGGUUCUACUUCUCCAAAGUUAUAGAGCUCAGUGACACUAUAUUUUUCAUCCUGAGGAAGAAAAACAGUCAGCUGACCUUCCUUCACGUCUACCAUCACGCCACCAUGAUCUUCAACUGGUGGGCUGGGGUUAAAUAUGUGGCUGGUGGCCAGUCUUUCCUGAUUGGUCUGAUCAACUCCCUGGUCCAUGUAGUGAUGUAUCUGUACUACGGCCUGGCGGCUUUGGGACCAAGCAUGUCCAAAUACCUCUGGUGGAAGCGUUACCUCACCUCCCUGCAGCUGGUCCAGUUUUUCAUCGUAACCAUCCACACCACCUACAACCUGUUUGCCGACUGUGACUUCCCUGACUCCAUGAACAUGGUUGUGUGUGCCUACUCUUUCAGCCUCAUCGCUCUCUUCAGUAACUUCUACUACCAGAGCUACCUCACCAAGAAAAGGAGCAAGGAGGCAUAG